AGUAACGUUUCUGCUGUGUGCCGCUUUAGUCAGUUUUUUUCGAUAUCGGUCAAAAUUUCAAAAAUAAGAAAUUAAACGUUUAAACGUUGAGCAGUAAAAUAUUUAAAAGUAAAGAAACGAAAUAUUAUUUGUGUGACAUUUCUUUUUUACAACGAAAAAGGCUUAAAUUUGAAAAUAUUCAGCGCACAUUGAACACAUCAAACUGAACCAUAGUUCAAGUAAUUUGAAUAAUAGUUCAAAACAAUUAAUUAAGGAAUAGUUCAAUAAAGUUUGAAUUUAAUUGCGGUAACUGUCAAAAUCGUUGGAAAAAACUAGAAAGCAAGAAAAUGGCUGACACCAUUAACAAACCAAAAUUGCAAUUACGUACCGGCGUUUCAGUAAACGGCGACAAAACACCAUCACCGGCGACGAAGCUCUUAAUUAAUCAUGGUAAACCCAAUUUCACCAUUUCGCGUAGUAACAAGUUGCAACAAAAUGGCGACAGCAACGACAGUAACAACAACAAUAACAACGAAAAUGGGUACACAAAUGGCAACAACAUUAGCAACGACUUUAUUGUGAAGAGUACCAAAUUCAACGGGGUCUUCAAGCCUGCCAAUGUUACCGUAGAGAAACAAGUGUCCACUGAAAAUGAGGGCAUCAAAGUAGUGCUUAGGCCGACAAAAGUCACGGAAUCUGUAGCAGUGAAUAACGGCACACAAGAAAAUGAGGCUGCCAAAGUAGUGCUAAGACGAGCCAAAGUUUCAGAACCCGCUCUUAAAGAUGGUGAAGAUGACUCUGUGCCUGAAUUUAUACGUAGACAACGCAGAAUACAAGAACGUUUGACUAAAGAGAAUAUUUUGGAUUUCGAAAAUAGACGUAGCGGUUACUUUACACAUGUAAUGAUAUCGCCUACUGCUACUACAGCUAAUCGCACAUCUUUUGUUGAGACUAUGUCAAGUCCAGCUAUAGUGCCCGCAUUAGAAAUACCACCACCAAUUCCAAAGGCGCGUAUUGACCCAUCAACAUUGUUAGAAGAGGAAGAAGAGAAGGUUGUAGAUCAACGAGCAGAAACAAUCGUACCAGUCGCAACAAAUGGUUAUAUCAAUGAUGAGGAAGAGGUUGCUAAAGCUAUAGAGGAAGUUAAUAAAGCUGUAGCUGGUGAAGAUGAUGAUAAAAUAAUUGAACUCGAGCAAGAAACCGGUGAAGUGAAAGAAGAAAGCCAUGAAAGGGUAUUAGAGAUCCAAGCUGAAGAAAAACCUACUGCUCAACCAGUAGUUGAUGCAGUAGUUGUUGCUGUCACAACUGCAGCAGUCAUUGAUGAACCAACCAAGAUUGUAGAAAACGAA